AUGCAAAAGAGGUUAUAUGAAAAAUACGGUGUCACCAUGAGUGGAGUAUUGAAAAGGAAGUACGAAGAGCUGGGAGAUGACAAUACCUACUGCUCCUCCUCCUCCUGCUCACCUCUCUCCUCCUCGGCGUCUUCGGGCUGGGAGUCGGAUGAGGAGAGCUCACGUGGAGACCACAAGCCCAGCUCUGCCUUAACACCCAGCUUUACCCCCACGUCUAUCCUGAAGAAAUCCAAACGACUUAAGAAGAACAAUGUGGAGUUUGACCGGGUCACUGUGUUUUACUUCCCACGCUGCCAGGGGUUCACGAGUGUGCCUAGUCGCGGGGGCUGUACCCUGGGGAUGGUGAGCAAACACAGCUCCUCCCGGCAGUUCACGCUAGCAGAGUUUUCAAAGGAACAGGAAAACGUUCGUCGGGAGAAACUUGAAGAGAAAUUAAAAGAGGAGAAGUUGGAAGCAUUGAAAUGGAAACUAACCAUGAACGGCACAAAGGAAUCGGAGGAGGCCAACCAGCUCACCAUCGAUGACAUCUCCGAUGAUGACAUUGACGUCAGCAACGUGGACCUGGAGGAUGGCUUCUUCCUCCAGCCCUACCCUGCCAAGAAGAGACGUGCGCUGCUGAAAGCUGUAGGGGUGAAGAAGAUCGACAAAGAGGAGAAGCGGGAGCUGCACAACAUCCGCUUGUCCCGGGAAGACUGCGGCUGCGACUGCCGGGAGGUCUGCGACCCCGAGACCUGCAGCUGCAGCUUGGCAGGCAUCAAAUGUCAGAUGGAUCACACCUCUUUCCCCUGUGGCUGCACCAAGGACGGCUGUGGCAACACCGAGGGCAGGAUCGAGUUCAACCAGGCCCGUGUGCAGACCCACUUCAUCCACACCAUCAUGAAGCUGGAGCUGGAGAAGCAGCAGCAGAGCAGUGAGAAGGCGGUGGAGGUUGAGCCCCCUUUUCGGGAGCGGCUCCCACCCUUGGGGUGCACGGCAGGGAAGGGCUCUUUGGAGGAGCGUGCGGUGCCGUUGGCACCCGCCUUCCAGUUCAGCCCCGACCUGGAGGCCCUGGGGGAGAACAGCUGCAGCAGCGACAUGACGGACUCCUCCAUCUCUUCCCACCCCAGCGAGGACCUGGAGGAGCCCUACGAGAGCCUCCCCUCCGACAAAUCCCAGUCGGAUGUGGACGACGAUGGCUUGGCACGCAUCCUCCACUUCAAUGACUCGGAUGCAGAGGAAGAGGGUGGACGUGGCCAGGAUGACCUGAAUUGCUUCCACCCCGCUGACUUCUUCAUCGAGGACCAUGGCAGUGAGGCUAAGACUGUCCCUGGCCACUUGUCCCACCUCUCUGAGUGCCUGGACGAGAACGCCAACCAGGACGGCAGGGGUUUGCUGGAGGAUGCCACCCACGUGCGGUGUGAUGGGCUGUCCUGCUGCUCCUCAUCCCCAGCUGAGCCCUGCUCCAAGAGCUAUGCUGACCUCAGCCUUUCCUCUGACUCCUUGGAUUUCUUCCAGUCCUUCUCGGACUAUAACUUGGGACCCCUUUACAACUCCUUAAAGGAGUACGAGAACCUCGAUAACUUCUCAGCAUUACAGUUUCAGUUGCCUAAUUUUCCUGGCUUCCCACAAGCUGGAGAUCAGGGCUCUUGUUUCUUGGAGUCCCUCAUCGGUUUGUCUGAAUCCGUCCCCGAAACCCCAGCCCCUUUCACAGACAAUCAACUUUUGGAGGAUGCCAUCAAGUCAUCACUGAUGGAGACGGUGAAAGUGUGAGACGCCCGCCUGGCUGGGGCAGCAAGGACUAGUGCCGAAAGGAAAACUAAAGAACGUUCUGGACGGGCAAAC